AUGGACCUUAUAAACAUUAAACCUGCACUCAACAAUACUUCCAGUCUCCGUGAACUAUUUGAUGAUUUAGAAAAGCAUAUGCGCAGCCUAGAAGCAUUGGAACAAGAUGUAAACCAGGAUGUCUUUGUUUCCAUGAUCAUAACAAAAUUACCAAAAGAAGCCAGAUUACAGUUAGAAUUACAGAAAGGAAAGAAAGAAAAAUGGACUGUGCAAAAGCUAAGAAUAUUUCUUGAUAACUACAUAACAGCCAGAGAGUCUACAGAUAUGGAAAACCUAACCGGUCAUGAAGAACAAUCUGCUAGAAAAUCUUCAUCACCUGAAUUUUCAUACAUAAAUGAAAGGCCAUAUACAACUGCAGAAGCCCUAACAACACUAUUUCAAGGAUCACAGAGAAGAAACAAAUAUGGAAUAAAACAUCCUGUUUGUAUUUUCUGUGAACGAAAUCAUUGGAGUGAUGAAUGCACAGAAUUCAGGACAAUCGAAGAGAGAAAACGAAAGAUCAGAGGAAGAUGUUACAUUUGUCUUAAGUCAGGCCAUCUGAGCAAAGACUGCAAAGUAGACAAACCAUGUGUUCACUGCCAUCAGACAAAGAAACAUCAUCGAAGUCUCUGCAAUAAGAAGAUCCCGCUUUCGAGAGAAUCCUCACAUUUUCCUGAAACAUCAGAAAUAUACAGAAACAGUUAA